AUGGGAUCGUUACCAAAGUUGGGCAGCUUCACUGUCCGGAGGCAGACACCGGUGCUAGUCGCUCCGGCGAGGGUGACGCCCAGGGAAACGAAGGCCUUGUCCGAUAUCGACGAUCAGGAAGGCCUGCGGUUUCAAAUCCCCGUCAUACAGUUCUACAAGAAAAGGAACGACGGGAAGGACCCCGUGGCGGUGAUCAAAGCGGCUUUAGCGGAAACCCUAGUGUUUUACUACCCGUUUGCCGGAAGGUUGCGAGAAACCGAAGGGAGGAAGUUGGUGGUGGAUUGUACCGGAGAAGGCGUGAUGUUCAUCGAGGCGGAUGCUGACGUGACGCUGGAGCAGUUCGGGGUCGACGAGCUUCAGCCGCCGUUCCCGUGCUUGGAGGAGCUGAUAUUCGACGUUCCCGGAGCCGGGGAAGUCCUCCACGCGCCGCUGCUCCUCAUUCAGAUGACCCGUCUCCAAUGCGGCGGUUUCAUCUUCGGCCUCCGAGUGAACCACACCAUGUCCGACGCGGCAGGGGUGGUGCAGUUCAUGACGGCCGUCGCCGAAAUUGCCAGAGGAGCCCCGGCUCCAUCGGUUCCGCCGGUAUGGAUGAGGGAACUGUUAAAUGCGCGGAACCCGCCAAGAGUUACCUGCGUCCACCAUGAAUAUGACCAAGUUCCAGAUACCAAAGGCACCAUUAUUCCCUUAGAUGAUAUGGUCCACAAAUCCUUCUUCUUUGGUUCUAAGGAAAUGGAUGCCCUCCGGAAAUCCCUCCCGCCGCACCUCCGCCGGAAGUGCUCCAACUUCGAGGUCCUCACCGCCUCACUCUGGCGGUGCCGAACCAUCGCACUCCAACCCGACCCGGAUGAAGAGGUCCGGGUCCUGUGCAUCGUGAAUGCUCGUACCCGGUUCAACCCGCCGUUGCCCCCGGGUUACUACGGCAACGCAUUCGCCUUCCCCGUGGCGCUCACGACGGCCGGGAAGCUGAUGCGGAAUCCCCUGGGGUACGCGGCGGAGCUGGUGAUGAAGACGAAGGCGGACGUGACGGAGGACUACAUGAAGUCGGUGGCGGACCUGAUGGUGCUGAAAGGGAGGCCGCAUUUCACGGUGGUAAGGACCUACCUGGUGUCGGACGUGACUCGGGCCGGGUUCGAGGAGGUGGAUUUCGGGUGGGGAAAACCCGCGUACGGCGGGCCGGCAAAAGGUGGGGUCGGGGCCAUUCCUGGGGUGGCAAGCUUUUACAUUCCCAUGAGAAACAAAACGGGAGAGAAAGGGGUUGUGGUUCCGGUUUGCUUGCCCGGAUUCGCUAUGGAUAGAUUUGUGAAAGAGCUUGAGAUGAUGAUCAAGCCGGAGGAGGAGGAGGAACGGAAACUCCUUCAUCAUCGUGAUCAGUACCAUUACCCCAUCUUUCAUGUCAAGUCUGCCCUGUGAAUUGCGUGAUCCAAUUAAUAAUUUUCCCACUCGACUUUUGUAUCAAUAAAAAUGACUUUCAAAAAUCCAAAACCAAUCGUGAAGAUGUGUAUGUAUAGAUGCAAAUGUAGAGUUGAGUGUCGUUUUUCCUCUCUUUCUCCCUCUAGUGUUUUGAAAAAUUAAAUUUGAGGUGUAACUAGUUGUACAACGAUGUGAAACAAUUGCGUUGUUUGGAUGAUAAACUAAAGUGUUUAAAUUAUAUUAUGUUUGAUUCGUUAGUUUGUUUUUUUGUUGGUUGGAGUUAAGCUUUUAAUGUGUGUGUUAAAUGUUUCUUCCGUGUAUGAAAAAGGUUUCUACAAAGUGCGAUUACUGCUAAAAACACAUUUAGGUCGUUAGAAUUGCAAGAAUGCUUUUAAUGACUUGUGAUCAGUAAUUUAAUCGAAUUAUCCGUCUCUUGAAUCAGAUUCUUUCUAUUUUUUAAUUCUCUAAGUGUUUGUCUGCUUUGUUUGCAAUUGACACAUUAUUAGUUAAUGGUGAUAGUUAGCAAUUCAAAACUAAGACCCUUUUAUUGUUGUCAA